AUGACAAACAUCCGAAAAACACACCCACUAAUAAAAAUUUUAAACAAGACAUUCAUCGACCUCCCUACCCCAUCAAACAUCUCCUCAUGAUGAAACUUCGGCUCCCUACUCGGCCUCUGCUUAACCGUACAAAUCCUAACAGGCCUAUUCCUAGCAAUACAUUAUACACCAGACACCUCAACCGCCUUCUCAUCCAUCACACACAUUUGCCGAGACGUCAACUACGGCUGAAUAAUCCGACACCUACACGCAAACGGGGCCUCCAUAUUUUUUAUCUGCCUAUACAUUCACAUCGGACGCGGCCUAUAUUAUGGCUCAUACUUAUUUAAAAAAACAUGAAAUAUUGGCGUACUACUAUUAUUCACAACCAUAGCCACUGCAUUCAUAGGCUAUGUCUUACCCUGAGGACAAAUAUCAUUUUGAGGCGCAACCGUCAUCACUAAUCUUCUAUCAGCAAUCCCUUACAUCGGAACCACCCUAGUAGAGUGAGUCUGAGGGGGAUUCUCAGUAGACAAAGCAACAUUAACCCGCUUCUUCGCUCUCCAUUUCAUCCUUCCAUUUAUUAUUGUAGCACUAACAACCGUCCACUUACUAUUUCUCCAUGAAACAGGAUCCAACAACCCAAUAGGAAUUCCAUCUAACAUAGACAAAAUCCCAUUCCACCCCUACCACACAAUUAAAGAUAUCUUAGGCGCCCUUCUAUUAAUAUUUGUUCUACUCACACUAACCUUACUUGCACCAGACCUACUCGGAGAUCCUGAUAAUUAUACCCCAGCAAACCCACUAAACACUCCCGCACACAUCAAACCAGAAUGAUAUUUCCUCUUCGCAUACGCAAUUCUACGAUCAAUUCCCAAUAAAUUAGGAGGAGUGUUAGCACUCCUAUUUUCUAUUCUCAUUCUACUCUUUAUUCCCCUACUCCACACAUCCAAACAACGAAGUAUGAUAUUCCGACCCCUUAGCCAACUAUUAUUCUGACUACUAAUAACAGACCUCCUAGUCCUAACCUGAAUUGGAGGCCAACCAGUAGAACACCCCUACAUCAUUAUAGGUCAACUAGCUUCAAUUUUAUAUUUCCUUCUCAUUCUAGUAAUAAUACCAACAGCUAGCUUCAUCGAGAACAAAAUCCUAAAAUGAAGA